GCUACCAACCAGAAACAUUCGAUCAAUUUCCUUGUCAAGCUUCUGACAGCGAAUUCCAACCGAGUAAACUAAAAAUCCUCCCACCAUCGUACGCUCCACAUCACAACCACAAAUUAUGUCGAGACAUGAAGGUGUGAGUUGUGACGUGUGUGGUAAGGGCAAUUUCCGAGGCAAGAGGUACAAGUGUUUGGUGUGCUAUGAUUAUGAUCUCUGUGCUGCUUGUUAUGAUGGUGGAGCGACGACCAAUCGACACUCACUGGAGCACCCGGUGCAGUGCAUACUGACGCGGUCUGAGUAUGAAUUGUAUUACGGCGGCGAGGCUGUAUCGUUUGAACAUGCCAUGUCGUACACGUGUCCCUACUGUGGCAGCAUGGGAUUCAGCGAGAGUCAGCUGCAAGACCACGUCAACGUUGAACAUGCAGAUUCGAGUAUAGAAGUUAUUUGUCCGGUGUGUGCUGCAUUGCCUCAUGGGGAUCCAAAUCAUCUCACUGAGGACUUUCCGGCUCAUCUGGCUUUAGAACAUAGAGCAGGUCGAGACUUGGAUGAUCCAUCUAUUCGUCACAUGAGACGUAUGCUUCAUCCUGGUCGCGGUUUAGGUGGCACUAGAGCAGCACGUCGUGCUAUGCAUCACUACUAUUUGGUGGGAGGUAAUAGUGGAAACAGCGGCAGCGGUGGCACCUCAAGUCAAACUCCUAGCGGAGGAGGAGUGACAGGAGGGAACCAACCGAGUGCUGUAGCACAGACAUCUAGUGGAAGAGAAUCGGAAUCCCGAGAUGUCGAUUCAAUAGCUGACAUUUUAUCUCAAUUGUCUGGAGUACAACGAGGGAGUUCUUCAGCCUCAGCCCUUCAGCUGCAGCAACUUCAGAUGCAACUACAACUUGAACGACAGCAAGUCCAAGAACACAGACGUCACUUAGAACGCUUGGCGAUGUCAAACAGCGGUGGUAGUUCGUCGUCCAGUCGACGACCACAAUACGCUAUGAUUGACCUAUCAACAUCCGCCUCCCCACAAAAGGCAACCCAAGAAGUAGCAAAUUUGGACCUAAACCUGACAUCUCUAUUACCAAGCUCUGAAGUGAGUGGAGAGGUUUCAGACAGCGACGUAUUGCUGUACGCCGAUAAACGCGGUUUUCUUCAAGAGCUCGUCGUCUCGUCUCUAUCACUGGCGGACAAUACGAUCGAGCUGUCGCUGAGUAGCAGCAGUAACAGUGACACAGACGACGAUCAAAAGAAGGAUGUGACGAUAUCAGAUAGAGACGAAGAUGUAAAUUCAUAGAAAUGUCUUGCAUUCUAGUAUUGCCAAGCAGCAAUUGUGUAGCUACGGCUGGUGAUUUCUACGUUCACUAUAUGUGUGUCUAGGCACACAGCGGGUUAGCCACUGUUCAUGUUGCCAUGACUACAAAUCCAAAUUCUUGAUUUUCAAACGGCAACGACCAAUUCUGAUUAUGCUUUCGAGUUCGGGUGUGUUUGAGUCGUAAGGCACUUGACAAUGAGACAACAAAGUGUCUUAACAGCUUGACCGCCUUGCUGAGGAUGAAACGAGGUGA